AUGGCUGAGACCAACAAGAAAGAGGCAGCUGAGGAAAAGCAGGAGCUUGAACCAAAAGCCGAAGCUCUUCAGUUGCCCGAAAAGAAAAGGCCGAUUGAAGAAGAAGAGAAAGAGGACGUGAAGAGAGCAAAGAGUGUGAAGAAGAACGAGGAAACACAAGCAGAGAAGACGCAGGAAAGUGACACAAAACAGGACGCCGAUGCCAAAAACGAUACAGAGGAAAAGGACGACAGUGUUUCCGGGGAGAAACACAAGACUUCUGACGUGAUAGACGAAAAGAAAGAGAAACCAGAGUCCAAAUUCGUAUUUGGUGCCCGGACAACGUUUGGACAAGCCAGUGGGUUUUCCAUGCUGUCAAAAAAGAAUGUAUUUGAGAAGCCAGACGACAAAGACAAAGACAAGACAAAAGAAAAGAAAGAAGCACCGAAGAGCGUAUUUGGUAGUGGUUCAACUUUUGGAAAUGCGUUCCAGCAUGCAAUCGGCAAGAAAUCAAUAUUUGACGAGCCGCAGGAAAGCUCUGCAGAGCCCGAGGACAAAGAGGUCUCCAAGGAGGUCUACAAAAAGGUCCACCUCGAAAAGCAGCAAGUGAAGUCAGGAGAAGAGGAAGAGGAGACCUUGUUCCAGGUCAAAGCCAAAUUGUAUCACAUGGAUUUGACCAAUGUUUCUGAAGGGUGGAAGGAAAAAGGAGUUGGUGUCUUGAAAGUGAACAAAUUUAUCAAUCCAGUCAAGCAUUACCAUGCUCGGCUUGUCAUGCGUCAAGACGGCAUACUAAAGCUGAUCUUGAACGCGCCAAUCGUGAAAGGAGUGGAGGUUUUCAAAGGAAUGGCCAGCUCUUUGAAUAGCGACAAGUUCAUUCGAGUCCAGGUCGUUGAGGACUCGAAACCCGUGCAGUACGCAUUCAAAAUCGGCAUGGUGGAAAACUCGUCGAAACUCUACAACGUGAUUGAGGGUUUGGUAAAAGAAGUGAACUAG